AUGGCCGAAUCAGAGCAAACAAAGUCAACGGUUGAUAUCGAUAUGGAGGAUUUGAACAAAGAUGAAGCACAUGAAGCUGUUCCACUGAAACCAGACGAUAAUAGUAUUAAUAACAAAAAUAAAAAGUUAACUUUCAUAGAAAAAGUGAAGCUAGUCAAAGCUAAUAUAACAGUUGAACCUAUUAUGGCCUGUUACAUAAUGCCGAGCAUUUUAGCCUCGCUCGCAACGCAAAAUCUGAACCUAGAAAAGGUUUGUCGGGUAAAUCUUAACUAUAGUGAGGAAAUUUGCGAUGCUUUAAAAUCAAGGCAAACGACAAAUUUCACGGUAUAUGAAGAACAAGUUCAAAUGUACACUGCAGAAAUUCAAGCUUGGAAAAAUGUUGUUCAAACAGCAAUUCCUGUUAUGAUAAUAUUAUUUGUUGGGGCAUGGAGUGAUAAAACUGGGAGACGAAAAAUUUGCAUAUUAAUGCCAAUAGUUGGCGAGUUCUUAACUUGUAUUGGAUUUAUUAUAAAUACCUAUUACUUUUACGAACUUCCAGCUGAAGUGACUGCUUUAACAGAAAGCAUAUUUCCUGCUAUUACAGGCGGUUGGUUUACAAAUUUUAUUGGUGUUUUUAGCUAUAUAGGUGAUAUAACAACUAUCGAAGACAGAACAUUUAGAGUGGGUGUAGUUAACUUAUGUAUGUCACUUGGCUAUCCAAUAGGCAGCGCUUUAAGUGGAGUUUUACUUACAUGGAUUGGUUAUUAUGGAAUAUUUUCCCUAUCGGCUAGUCUUUACUUAUUUAGUCUUACCUAUGGAUAUUUCUACUUAGAAGACUCUAAUAAGAAAGUAAUUAAGAAGAAACGCGGAUGUUUUGGUUUCAUAAGAGAAUUCUUUGAUCUCGCUCUCGUGAUGGAAACCUUUAAAGUGGCCUUUAAGAAAGACUCGGGUAACAGAAGGCUGCGUGUCUGCCUAUUACUUACGGCGGUAUGCGUAGUGUUCGGUCCCUUACAAGGGGAAUUCACAAUAAUGUAUCUAUUUACUAGAUUCAGAUUUAACUGGGACGAAGUAAUGUACAGUAUGUGGUGUACAUAUAGCAUAGUCACAAAUUUAAUUGGUACGGCAUUUUCGAUAAGUCUCUUUAGUAACUAUUUGAAAUUAGACGACACUCUCCUUGCUAUUAUAUCCUGCAUGAGCAAAAUCAUUGGUGCGUUCGCGUAUGCUUUUGCUAGAAACAAUUUGGAAAUAUAUAUAGCUCCGUUACUAGAGAUAUUAAAUGCGACAUCGUUUAUAGCGAUGCGGUCAAUCGCAUCAAAGCUCGUCAGCGGAGAAGAAUUUGGUAAAGUGAACUCUCUCUUUGGAUUAGCCGAAGCGAUGACGCCGAUAGUAUACGGUCCGUUAUACUCGCGAGUGUAUGUGGCCACUUUGAAUAUUCUGCCUGGCGCAGUGUUCCUUCUCGGUGCACUCCUUACCGUACCAGCUGUAAUUAUAUUUGGGUGGCUGUAUUUCGAGCACAAAAAAGAUAGAUUGAUGAAGGCAAAUUCCACGAUUGAUGACAAUGAAAAAUCC